AGGGCGGAGCGGCAGGUGAGAGCCAGGUGAGAGCAGAGUGGACGCGGCGGAGACACUAGAGGAACCCCGUCUGGACGGAUACGCGGAUUCUGCUGUUUUCUGAAUCAUUAGUGAACCGGUUUAAUAUUUAUUUUUGUACAUUAAAAUAAUAUCGGAGAUGAAUGAGACCGACUUCCUGCCGCAGCUGUCUGAGUUCGGCUUCGAGCGCCGCUUUGAUGAGAGAAGAGCCAUAGAGUGGAUGCAAGCCAACUGGAGCAAGUCGUUCGUGUUCAGCGCUCUGUACGCCGCCCUGGUGUUCGGAGGCCGCCACUUCAUGAAGCCCAGAGAGAAACUGAACCUGCGGAGGCCACUGCUGCUCUGGUCGCUCAGCCUGGCUCUGUUCAGCGUGGUGGGCGCCCUGCGGACCGGCUCCUACAUGCUGCACAUCCUGAGCAGCAGCGGCUUCAGGCGCUCCGUCUGCGACCAGAGCUUCUACAACGGCCCCGUCAGCAAGUUCUGGGCCUACGCCUUCGUCCUGAGCAAAGCUCCCGAGCUCGGCGACACGCUCUUCAUCGUGCUCCGGAAGCAGCGGCUGCUCUUCCUGCACUGGUACCACCACAUCACCGUGCUGCUGUACUCCUGGUACUCCUACAAGGACCUGGUGGCCGGCGGCGGCUGGUUCAUGACCAUGAACUACGGCGUGCACGCGCUCAUGUACAGCUACUACGCCGCGCGUGCCGCCGGCCUGCGCGUGCCCCGCCCCUUCGCCGUGCUCAUCACCAGCGCGCAGAUCACCCAGAUGGCGGUGGGCGUGGCCGUGAGCGGCCUGGUGUGGCGCUGGCUGCCGCGCGGCGACUGCCACUCGCACCCGCACAACGUGCUGUGGGCGGGGCUUAUGUACCUGAGCUACCUGCUGCUCUUCUCCCGCUUCUUCUACCACGCCUACCUGCGGAGGGCGGAGCCUAAGGCCGGCAAGGAGGAGUAGGCCGCGGAGGGGCCGGAGCAGGGCAUUGUGGGGGAGGAGCUCCUGGCAGACGAGACUUUGGGUUAAAUGAAUAUUUUACAGACGAUUUUAAAGACGACUGCAGGUGUUUACCUGCCUCCUGACAGCGGCUGCUAUCAGAUAUUGAUCAGGUUAUUGAUCAGGUUAUUGAUCAGGUUAUUGAUCAGGUUAUUGAUCAGGUUAUUGAUGUUUGAUCGGCUGGAUGACGGCAGCUGGAGCGGCAGCCAGACGAGUCCAAACGUUCACUUCAGUUUCUCACUUCCACUGGGAGGUUUAUUUUUAUUAUUUAAUAUUUAUAUUUAUGAUUUUGUGCGCACGGUUUGAGACGUCACCACUUUGUAUUUCUCUUGUUUUUUGUUUUUUUGUUUUUUCCCACCAGAGGAGCGGCUUCACCCCCCACUGCUCUGCUCUGGCUGCUCAGCUCUGAUCAGAACGUGAUUACAACUUUCCAAUAAUCAAUAACAGUCGCUGCUGGAAAAAAGCCUCUACCUCGUCCUGAAGAGCAGGUUUGUUUUUCUGAGAGCAGCAACAUUUCUUCAGCCAGUCCAUGAAGUUUUGAUGAAGUUUUUAGUUUUUUGUGGAAAUUCUUCCUCGUCUGAACUUCAGAAAAAUAUUAAAAUGUUCAGCUGGAAAAGCAAAACGACAUGAAGGAGGAAAAACAAAAGUGCCAAAUGAAAGCUGAACAUUUUAGAAGUGAUGAAGACAGGAGGGUUUUUUACACACACACACACACACACACACACACACACACACACACACACACACAGCCAGUCAUCCCAUAAUGCCGCUGUGAUCCUGGGUGUCUGGAGAAUGAAAACACCAUGAAAUGAAAUGAAAAUCUUUUUUAUGUCUUAAAUGUUUAUUUAAUGUUUAG